GGAGCGGGGCGGAGGUGGGCGGUGCCGCGGGUCGGUUCCUGUCGCCACGGGAGGAGGAAGAGGACGACGAUGGGCGCGCGCAGAAUGGAAACAGACUAUAAUCCCAUGGAGCUAAGCAGUAUGUCAGGAUUUGAAGACAGCUCAGAGCUCAAUGGGUUUGAAGGAACAGAUAUGAAGGACAUGAGGCUAGAAGCCGAAGCAGUCGUGAACGAUGUUCUCUUUGCUGUUAACAACAUGUUUGUCUCGAAAAGCCUGCGCUGUGCAGACGACGUAGCCUACAUCAAUGUGGAAACCAAGGAAAGGAGCAGAUACUGCCUGGAGCUCACAGAAGCAGGGCUUAGGGUGGUAGGUUACGCUUUCGACCAGGUGGAUGAUCACUUGCAGACUCCCUAUCAUGAAACCGUCUACUCCUUGUUGGACACGCUCAGCCCUGCGUACCGAGACGCAUUUGGAAAUGCGCUGCUUCAGAGACUGGAAGCUUUGAAAAGGGAUGGACAGUCAUGACUAACCUUUCCUUGCAGAGGGGCUACUGCUGGUUUAGAAUGUUAACAUAAAACUUGAAAUUCAUGCAUAGAAUCAUGGUAGAAAAAUGCAUCUUUGUUUUUCUGUGUUUACCACUUGCUUCAAAUUUGGGCUUUUGACUCAGAACAUUAUUGACUAGCCCAUUGUCUUGGUUUCUGAUUCAUUAAGGGAAUUUUGGCACCAUCACUAUGGUGCCAUCAUUAAGACAUUCAAAUUUCUUCAUAAAGUUUCUCUGCAUUUCAAUAUCUAAUCUGUAUUCACUCUCUAAUUGCAGGGCUUUGAUGCUGCCAGCACUCUCUUUUCCACAGGAAAUUAUAGAUUUGCACAGUAAUAUAGGACCUAGAAUUACUUAACUUCAGCCUGGACUCAGCCUGCUAAAUCGGGCUUACUACUAGCUUGGACUGACUUUGUCGUGGGCAUUUUGCUACUAGCCUUAUUGGAAACAAAUUGUUAACUAGUUUCCCCUGCACAAAUUUUGAAAUUCAUUGCUUCACUUAAUCUAUUUUCAAGGACCAUUAAAGAUAAAGAUGAACUGCUUAUAUAUUAACUAGUAUUAAAUGAGAGGCAGGGACUCAAACAGUUCUGUGUUCCGUGUUUGUAACAGCCAGCCAACCUAGCAGAGAACAGACCGUUAGCAAAUGAAUGUAUGAAUUCCUCAUUUCCAAGAUAUCUAAGCACAUAUAUAUCUAAGAAGAGGCUCCAUUGUCAACGACACACAUCCUCGGUGUGGACUGUUGAGAAAGGAACAGGAUUUUUGACCUGUGUUGAUUCUUAUUCAGAAUGUCUGUUUACACAGUGUACAAUACACACACACACACACACACACACACACACACACACACACACACACAUACAUUCAGGAAGUAUUUUUGCUUCAGCAUUCCCUUUCUGUAAUGUAGUGUAGUGCUUUGGUAUCCCAUGGCACGCCUCCUUCCCCAGCAGAUGGGCAGCGUUCCCACUGCUAAGUGUACAGUGUAAUAUGACUGCAUUGUAUGGGUUUGAAACCAAAGGAUGAAUGAUACAUUCAGAGACUUAAUAUUUGCAAAAGAGAUACUCUGCAUUUUAUAUUUUGUUACACUUACUGACAUUUAUAAACGUAAUAAACAUGCUGCCACAUGUCUCCACAUCCGUGGCAAACAGAAGGACCGGGUGUCAUUUUUAACUGUCACCCAGAGCAGCUGCUAAAGUGGUGUUAAACUUUUUCUGCAAUUGGGUGUACCUUCGUCAAUUGUCAUUUGCAGAUUAUUUUUGUCAUUUUUAACGUGGGCAUUUUUAGGCUCUGGGGAUCCUGUGAGAUAGGGCUGAGGAGGGUGGGGUCAACCAUGAGGACCCGGGAAAGUUAAGGGAACAGAAAGCAAAGAUCACAUGGAACAGAGCGAAUUGUAGGUCCAUUUGCGUCGCUGCUCACCACGGGACGUCACUUCAGUGUUUCGUGUUGUAUGAGGUGUGUCAUUCUUCGCUGUAUUUUCAGAUGCUUAACUGUUCAGGCACUGGAGUCUAACUUCAGGUUGAACUCAUGCUUACUCUCAGGCUAAAUGUAAAUGAUACUUGUAAAGUUUGGAUAAAAUUCUGUUUAUUCCCUUCUGAUUUAAGUAUGGAGAAAAGCAAUUGUAUGUCUAAAAAUUGAAAUUGUUCAUUUUGUGAUAAACUAUUGAUUGCAA